UUUCCCCCUCCAGCAUCUCACACACACACACACACACUGACAGGUCGAGCGAAACGCGCGCGUGAUUGGAGGUUCAAAGCGUCUCUGCGCGUCAGCCGAGCAGCUCUAAAGGAAGCAAUACAGAGGUUUAAGAGAACAUUUGACCAGAUUUACACUCCUGCUAUGGAGCUCAAGAUGAGUAAAGCAACUCUCACUGCUGUCUUUAUAGCAUUUCUACUGACUUCCAGUGGAGCAAAGCCAAAUGGAAAGAACAAAAAGCCAAAACAAGCUGUGCCAUCAAUAGAAUGUGAUAUGCGGGCUGGGAAGAUCAAUCUCUCAGAGUUUAUUGUUAAGUGUCCAGCUAACUGCAGGGAGACCAAGGAGAAAGUGUAUGGGACAGGUGUAUUUGCCUCCAUAUCCAGUAUCUGCAAUGCUGCCAUUCACAGUGGAGUCAUCACUAACUCUGGAGGAAAGGUAAUUGUGAUGAAGAUGGCAGGACAGGCGAUCUACAAGGGUAGCUUUGCCAACGGUGUCCGCUCUCUAUCCUUACCCAACUGGAGAGAAUCCUUUUCUGUCUCAGUGGGUAAACCAAAGAAGGGGGUGACCUACCCAUCCACUCUGGUCUUUGUACCCUCAAGACCCACCACAGUGAAAACAGGUAAUCUCAAAGACCUACCGUACUCCACAGCGUCACCUGUGACAGAGGCUCAAGAGACGGAUCCGAGCUCUACUACAGCUCCGCCCACAACCACUCAUGUGACCACACCCAUCACCACAUCAGCCAAGCCACGGGUCACCGUUCAUAAAGUCCGCGAGGCAGGCAGCAGUCACCCGUAUUUCAGCUCUGUUGCACGACAGUCACAGAGCACCCAAGGAAAGGGUCCUGCGCAAGCAUUUAGAGGCAGCUCCGUCUAUGCCAAUAGGUUUUCACCCCGCACAAACACAGGUGUGCACAGGCCAGAAACGGGCACCACGAUCCGAAGACAGCCGCAUGUUUCCUCAGCUUCAGCAGCUUUCAGUCGGGUGCAGCCGCAGUCUGAGAGGAACCAGCACACGGCGCAGUCUAAUCCCACACUUGCAAGAAGAGAUUGGCCGCACCCUGCGUACGCACGACCUGAUGGCUUCUCUGGCACCAGAAGACCAACAGCUCUUGACCCAAGGCCUGAUAACACAGAGUAUGAGCACUGGCUGCAUAACUUUGGACAGUAUUCUCCUGCGCCAGAAGAACACAAGCCUCCAUCUGAGACCAGUCAGACCAGAGGUUUCAACGCACGAGGACACGACUCAACAGCCAGAGUUCCUGAACCCAUGUCUCAAGGAGAUCCAAACUGUAAAGUUGAUAUUGCAUUCCUCAUGGAUGGCAGCUGGAGCAUUGGGAAACGCCGUUUUAAGAUUCAGAAAGACUUCCUUGUGGAGGUUUCUCAGGUCAUUAAUGUGGGUGUAGCUGGAGCCAUGAUGGGCAUCAUUCAAUACGGGGAUGAUCCAGUCACAGAAUUCAGUCUAAAACAGUUCUCCAGCUCCAAGGAUCUGAAGCCAGCCAUCAGCAAAAUAGUCCAGAAGGGCGGUCUGUCCAAUGUAGGAAAGGCCCUCUCCUACAUCAACAAGCAUUUCUUCAGUGAUGCUAAUGGGAACAGAGGUGGGGCGCCCAAUGUGGCUGUGGUUCUGGUGGACGGCUGGCCCACUGACAAAGUGGAGGAGGCCUCACGUCUGGCCAGAGAGUCAGGCAUCAACAUCUUCUUUGUCACCAUCGAGGGCCCAGAUGAGAAUGAAAAACAGAACGUGGUGGAGACCAACUUUGUUGACAAGGCUGUGUGCAGAAGCAAUGGCUACUUCUCGCUCCCUAUCAUGAGCUGGUUCGCUUUGCGCAAAGCCGUACAGCCUCUGGUGAAGAGCGUGUGCGACACAGACCGCCUGGUGUGCAGUAAGACCUGCCUUAAUGCCAACGACAUUGCCUUCGUCAUCGACGGCUCCAGCAGCGUGGGAACCGGAAACUGCCGCACCGUGCUCCAGUUCGUCGCAAACGUGACGCAGGAAUUUGAGAUCUCAGACACGGAUACGCGUGUAGGAAUUGUACAGUACACGUACGAACAGAGGCUUGAGUUCGCUUUCGGACAACACAACAACAAAGCUGAUCUGCUGAAUGCUAUCAAGCGUAUAAACUACUGGAGCGGAGGCACCAGCACGGGAGCCGCCAUCACAUUUGCUGCAGAUCAACUGUUCAGCAAAUCCAAACCCAACAAGCGCAAGAUCAUGAUUGUCAUCACGGACGGACGCUCCUACGAUGACGUGCGGGCCCCGGCGCUGGCGGUUCAUCGUAAAGGUGUGAUCGCGUACUCCAUUGGUAUAGCCUGGGCAGCACAGGACGAGCUGGAAUACAUCGCCACCGACCCCGACAGAGACCACUCUUUCUUUGUGGAUGAGUUUGACAACCUCUACAAGUAUGUACCAAAGAUUAUUCACAACAUCUGCAAUGAGUUCAACUCCCAACCACGUAACUGAACCAGGCCUACCGAUGGAAAUUGUGGAAUAUCCCCAAAAAUCCAAGGAGUAAGUGCAUUACCACACAGUUAGAAAUACAGUGUUUUAGCAUACAUUUAGCAUACUGUAGUUAGAAGCCUUACUUUCUGGAUGAAAAGCUUAGAGGACGGCAGCAUGUUUCCAGAUUUUAUUUUUUGCAAUUUAAACAAAAUACAAUGUGAAAAUGGUAAAGAUGGCAGUGGAUGUGUGUUUGGUGAUUUUGGAUUAACGUGUGAUGGACUUCACAGAGUUACAGAUUUUCUGACGUGCACAUCCACAGAGGUAUAAGAGAAAAUACUUGCUUACAGUUUUUGCAUAGAUGGUUUCAGUUAUAGACUAUUUAUAUUUUACAUGCUGAACUCAAGAAUAUUAAAAAUUAUAUAAAUUAACAAUAAUAUCUUUGUUCAUAUUGAAAGCUUAUAGCUAAUUGUCUGCACAAGACAAAGAUGUUAAUAAGUUACAGAGAAUACAACUACAUUUAAAGAAAAAUGGCAAUAUUUCAAAAGCUCAUGUUGUGUGGUUUCUCCUAACAAUUCUAACGGAAUGGUUUCUUUUUCUUGUCAGUUUAAAUUCAUAUAAUGUAAUUUUUGUAUUUGUAUAUAUAAAAAUGCUUGUAUUUUUGU